UAAACUUGGCGUGAGUACUUUUACUGGGAAAAUUCAUCACAUCACACAUUUGUGUGUAUUACUACGUGAACGAUCGUGUCUGUGAUACAUCAGUGUUAAAAACCGUAAAAUAUGAUAGGAGAAGGGUACAAGAAAAUGCCCUCAAGUGUAUCUAGCGUACCUUUAAUAAGGCCGUCAGUGUUUAGACAAGUCACAGAUUUUGCAAAUGUUUUUAAAGCAUUUAUUGGAACCAACUGGAUUGGUCUGCCAUUUGCUUUUAAACAAAGUGGAAUUGUGCUUGGAUGUGUGGGAAUCCUUAUCAUUGCACUCAUCACAGAUCACUGUUGCCAGUUGAUCAUUAAGUGUAAGAAAGCUGCUGUCCAAAUUGUUCUAGACUCAGCCUCAAAGUCAUAUGAUCUUGAAUCCCAGGAUACAGACAUGACUGACAUGCGAAACACUGUAGAGAAAAGGAUGUUUUUUGGAGAAAUUGGUAGAAUUGCUUUGGGCAAGAAGGGAGUGUUCCUUGUAAAUGCAGCACUUCUUACCACACAGUUUGGCUUCUGCAUUGGUUAUUUCAUUUUUUUGGGCAACACCAUUACAUCAAUGUUUCCUCCACCACAUAAUUCUACCAAUGACACAAAUGCUACAGCAAAGUCACAUGGGAAUUACCAUCCUCCUAAAUUCUAUCUGCUCAUUCUUGUGCCACUGAUCCCAUUGAUACUGUUUUCAUACAUAAGAAGUAUUCGUAAACUGGGUCCAGUAAGUUUUGCAGCUAAUGUGGCUCUCCUGGUGGCUUUUGUUUCAGUAGUGGGAUAUAUGUUAAGUGGUUUAAAAUUCAAACUAAAGGAAAUCGGGCUGUCAAACUGGGCUACAUUUCCAGUUUUUUUUGGCCAAGUGACCAGUGCUUAUGAAGGAAUUGGAACUUUGAUUCCCAUUGAAACCAGCAUGGCAGAGAACCGACACAGAUUCCCCUUGUAUUUGCACUUUGCCGUUGGAUCCCUUUCAGUAAUUCUUGGUUGUUUUGGUAUUCUUGGAUACACAGUGUAUGGGGAAGAAGUAAAUCAGAUUGUUACAGAAAGCUUUCCUUCAGGAGUAUUGAUUCAAGUGGUUCGAUGUUUGCUGUGCUUUGCUAUACUCCUGACGUAUCCUCUCCAGGUCUUUCCAGUUAUAGAGAUCAUUGAGGGUUGGCUGUUUAAAUCUGACAAUAACACUGCAGUGGAGACCAGCACCAGCUCUAACAGUGAAUCAUCUGAUGUAUCUGUAGGAGUACAGGCCAGUGAAAGUUCUUGGUUACUUGCACCAGAAAUACCAAAACAGAGAAGCUUGGCAAGGAAGUGGAAGAAAAAUCUGCUGCGAACCUUUAUAGUUUUGACAACUGCUGGCAUUGCUAUAGCACUGAAAGAUAAUUUUGCAUAUGUUAGUGCUAUUGUUGGUUCCAUUGGAAGUGCUACCCUGGGCUUCAUUUUACCUUGUGUUUUCCACUUGGUACUUUGUAAAGACUCGAACACAAUGCUAAUCAAAGUCAAAGAUUGUUUAUUUAUAGCCUUUGGUAUCAUUGGAGGAGUUGUAGGUGUAACAAUAACGAUAGGACAGAUUGUUCAACAAUUUACUAAAAGUAAAUAACAAUUGUUUACAAUUGAGAAUGUUUUAACCCUUUAAGUCCUGCUAGUAACCAAGACAGAAAUUCUCCUUAGGCUAUCAGUUCAAUAUCAAGCAGACAAGUAAUGAGAAUAAUGAAAAA